UCUAGCUUGCAAGACAGUCUAUCCGCGGUUACGGUAACGAACGGGUCGUUCGCUUGCCGCUCUACUCGCUCACUCUCAAACACAAACACACGUAUAUCUCGACAAUUGAUGUCCGUUCCGUGAAUCCGUAUCGUAUGUGAAAAAGUUCUUGAGUAUCUGAUAUCGACGACUUAGCUCGAUUCUUAUAUUUUAUUGCGUUGAUUACAUAUCGUAGAAAAUGGAACAGGAAAAUGUGGCGUUCAGUGAUGUUCACGCAACUUUGAUCUCAUGUUAAGUUUCAUAUCUAUAUUACGUUAUUUCAUAAAUUCUAUGUGGUCGAUGUAAUAUGAAUAAAAAUUGUAAUACGUGAAUGAGCGAAAAUUCGACGAUCUCGUGAAACUAAUUUUAUUCUGCUAUGUGAAUCGUGCUAGAAACUUGCAAUAUUAUUAUACAAUAAUUAAGUACACUUGUAAACAUGAUUGUAAUAUUAUUACCAAAAAUCGACAAAACUUCGGCGUUCGCUUAAAAUAUAUCUACUAUUCGUUUGGAAACAUUGAGACGCUCGUGAGUUGAAAACCGAAGGUUUUCCUGAUGUUUCAUGGAUAUCCUGUGGAUGACCACUAUGACGGAUGACUCGUGAAAGGAAUUAAUGCGGCCUCGGAAGUGGUCGAAAUUGAUUGAAUCACGUAAAGUUGGGAAGAAUUUAAAAAUUUCGACAUGGAUAAUCUAGAGACGUUAUUACGCGUUUCUGGGAACGAUACAGAUAGCACCAUAAUCGAUGUUGGAGCAUCGAGAUUCCCUAAGCCAUUGAGAACUUUCGCAGCCAUAAUCGCGAUAUUGAUUAUGAUCACCGGUCUCGUCGGCAAUUUGCUGACAAUUAUUGCCCUAUGCAAAUAUCCCAAAGUACGCAACGUUGCGGCAGCUUUUAUUAUAAGUCUUUGCGUGGCAGACUUCGUGUUCUGCCUCCUGGUGUUGCCGUUCGACUCCAUCAGAUUCGUCGACGCGAGUUGGGCGGACGUGAGAUUUCUGUGCGUUCUCGUACCAUUUUUAAGGUAUGGGAACGUUGGCGUGAGUCUUCUUUCCGUUGCAGCUAUCACUAUCAAUAGGUACAUUAUGAUAGCUCAUCACGGACUGUAUAGCAAAGUUUAUAAAAAACAUUGGAUCGCUAUUAUGAUCGUGUUUUGUUGGAUUUUCUCAUAUGGGAUGCAAGUACCUUCUUUGUUGGGAGUUUGGGGUAAAUUCGAUUACGAUCCGAAUCUGGACACUUGCUCCAUCGUGAGAGACAGUAACGGACAUACGUCGAAAACUUUUCUUUUCGUCACCGGGUUCGUCAUACCCUGUUUAGUGAUCGUCGGAUGCUACACUAAAAUAUUUUGGGUGGUGCACAGAUCCGAGACGAGGAUGCGAAAGCACGCAGCACCGACGAUAAAAUCUCCUCACACACCCGGAAGAGAUACCAGAGAGAUUAAACAAAGGCGUAGCGAAUGGCGAAUCACGAAGAUGGUCCUCGCAAUCUUUCUCAGCUUCGUCGCUUGUUACCUUCCAAUCACUAUCGUUAAAGUCGCUGACGUCGAAGUCAGAUAUCCAGCGUUUCACGUUCUGGGCUAUCUUCUCCUGUAUUUCGCGUCAUGCGUGAACCCGAUCAUUUACGUGAUCAUGAACAAACAGUAUAGGCAAGCGUACGCGGGCGUGAUUGGGUGUUCCCGGAUAUGGCCGAGCCUAACGCCUUUCGGAAGUAGCGCGCCCGGUCAUCAUCAGCAGCAGCAGGACUACGGCCAAGGUAACUUCGAGCACCGUCGCGUGGUAACGCUCACCAAGCUCUGAUCGAACGCGAGCUAAUCGACCACACUUCGCUCACUUCGUAAGUCAAGGGCACAAAUUCGCUGCUUUAUAAGAUUGCCAUUGUUUUUUCUUCGCUACACUUUGUCCCUUGUCUGUGUC